AUGGUCACCGUGAAUACUAUAAUUCUAAUAUCGAACUUGCACUGCAGCAGCUGCGUAUCUACCAUUCGCGAAACGCUGCUUUCACUCUCACCGCCUCCCACCUCCAUUAAUACCUCAAUCGUCUCGCAGACUGUCUCGGUAGAGCACGAUCCCGGUCUUUCGCCUGAAGCGAUUAAGGCCGCGCUCGAUGAUGCGGGCUUCGAUCUCGUUUCUACGCCGGAGGCCGAGAGUUAUCGCAUCCGUCGCUCCCCUUCGUACUUAGAAAGGCUCACCAAAAAGCGUGAAAAGCACGCAGAGCAAUGUCUACUUUGUCAGCAGGACACAGGAAUCCCUGCCGUGGAACAACCGGAGACCAUUAGCGAGCAUUCAGAAAACGCCACGAGUGACCUAAAAGCAGGGCUACCCAAGUCUGGCUCUCCAGCUCAACAAGGCCCAUUUCUCGCCACAUUCUCGGUCGGAGGGAUGACCUGUGCAUCUUGCGUUGGUAAUGUCACAAAGGCAGCGUCCGAGAUCCAGGGUGUAACAGACGUGGCCGUAAAUCUGGUUGGAAAAUCCGCCACGGCACUUCUACAGAGCAAGGAUCUUGCAGAUGAAGUCAUUAGAGCUAUUGAAGAUGGAGGAUAUGAAGCGACCCUAGUGUCGCUUGAACCACUUCAGCACGGACGGGAAGAAGAAACAGGACAAAGAAGUGUCUCCUUGAGAAUAGAAGGAAUGUUUUGCCAGCAUUGUCCAGAAAAGAUCAUGAAGAAGCUUGAGAUGUUUGGCGACAAAGUCACUGUUGACGAGCCUCUCGGGUCCUACAGUGACUCCAUGCCCGUCAUACGGCUCACAUACACUCCAGCACCGCCCGAUUUCACGAUUCGGCACAUUAUAUCCGAAAUCGCUUCCGCUAAAUCACCGCCUUUUGACGUGUCUAUUGCGAAGCCUCUGUCAUUAGAGGAACGUGCUCGAGCAAUGCAUAUAGAAGAGCAGCGUCGCUUACUUAUCCAACUUGUUUCCGCGGUCAUAAUCGCCAUUCCAACCUUUAUUAUUGGAAUUGUGUAUAUGACGCUCGUUCCUGCGUCGAACCCUACGCGCAUGUGGUUUAUGCAUCCGUUAUGGACGGGAAAUACUAGUCGCGCUGAAUGGGCGCUCUUUUUCCUUGCAACUCCUGCAAUGUUUUUCAGUGCUAGUCACUUCCAUCGGCGUAGCAUCAAGGAGAUUUAUAGUAUUUGGCGUCCAGGAAGCAAGGUACCCAUCUGGCGGCGUUUCGUUCGCUUUGGGAGCAUGAAUCUACUGGUAUCGUUGGGAGUAUCGAUUGCAUAUUUUGCAUCCAUCGCACUUCUUGCGCUUGCUGCAGUGGAGAGUCCUGAUCCCCACGGAGAGGGAAACAGUACGACAUACUUCGACUCCGUCGUGUUUUUAACAAUGUUUCUCCUCGCUGGUCGUUUUCUGGAGGCAUACAGCAAGGGUCGUACAGCCGAUGCAGUCACUGCCCUCGGACAGCUGCGACCCACGGAGGCCUUUCUCCUUGGACUUGAAGAUGACGACCUGUCAAGCUCUAAAGUCGGAAUGCGGAUGCAAAAGGUUAACGUUGAUCUUCUCGAGGUCGGCGAUACAGUACGCGUCCCCCACGGUGCAACUCCACCUGCUGAUGGCAUAAUAGUCUCGAGAGACGGAAGUCAAUUCGAUGAGAGUUCAUUGACUGGAGAGAGCAAACCAAUCAAGAAGGAAAAUGGCGAGCAAGUGUUCGUCGGAACGAUCAACAGGGGUAGAGCCGUUGAAGUGAAAAUUACAACACUAGGGGGAGAGACGAUGCUGGACCAAAUCGUCAAAGUCGUACGUGAGGGACAGACGAAGCGCGCACCGAUUGAAAGAUUUGCGGAUGUUAUUACUGGAUACUUUGUCCCGAUCAUCACCUUGUUGUCGAUCCUCACUUUCAUUAUUUGGGUUGCUCUUGGGACUAGCGGAGCAUUGCCUCCUUCAUAUCUGGAUAUCUCAGUCGGCGGUUGGCCUGUUUGGUCACUUCAAUUCGCAAUCGCGGUAUUCGUUGUUGCAUGCCCUUGUGGUAUCGGUCUUGCCGCGCCGACCGCGUUGCUCGUCGGUUCAGGUCUCGCCGCAAAAUUCGGAAUUCUCGUGCGAGGUGGCGGUGAAGCAUUUCAAGAAGCCGCACAGCUUGACGCCGUCGUCUUUGAUAAGACUGGGACUCUGACGGAGGGUGGUGAGCCGAAAGUCACCAACGUUGAUCUAAAGAGCGAACUCAUGCCGUCAUGGAACCGUGAUGCGAUUUUGAGUAUCGCACACGUUCUCGAGUCUUCCAGUUCCCACCCUCUUGCCGAGGCAAUCCGGAGAUAUUGUGAGACUCAAGAGGAUCUGAAGUUGACUAACGACAAUGCAGCAGUUAUCGAGGAGACUGCUGGGAGAGGACUGAAAGGCAAAUUCUCUACCCCUCCAUGCGAGGCGAUAAUUGGAAAUGAGCGCUGGAUCGAAGAGCACGGUGCAAGUUUCGAUGCCACACAACAAGAUCUAUUGAGUCAAUGGCAAUCGGAAGGCAAUAGCGUGAUCGCCAUCGCCAUUCGAGAGCAGCCUUCUGGCCGAUAUGCUGUCUUGGGUAUAUUUGCUGCCGCUGACAAGCUUCGACCAGAGGCACCCGCGAUCGUGGAAGCACUUCAGAAACAAGGACUUGGGACCUGGAUGAUUUCUGGUGACAAUCCAACGACAGCGAAAGCAGUUGCGAAGACUGUCGGCAUUCCGGAGACCAAUGUCAUUGCAGGCGUCCUUCCACACCAGAAGGCUGAAAGAAUCCAUUGGCUUCAACAAGUCGGCAAGAAACGAGAAAUGGCCAGAUGGAAGCAAAUGCUCGGGAUGAAACGUCUGAACGAACGAUGCGUUGUGGCAAUGGUGGGAGAUGGAAUCAAUGAUGCACCGGCCUUAUCCGCUGCAGACGUUAGUGUUGCCGUUGGGUCAGGCAGUGACGUUGCCAUUUCGAGCGCUUCCUUCAUUCUGAUCAAGUCAGACCUGCGGAGCCUCCUGACGUUAACAGACCUUUCGCGACGAGUCUUCAGAAGAGUGAAGUUCAACUUCCUCUGGGCAGUAAUGUAUAACGCUGCUGCCCUGCCGAUCGCAGCGGGAGUGAUUUAUCCGGCUGGUCAUGCUAGAUUGAGUCCUGUGUGGGCCUCCCUUGCAAUGGCUCUAUCGUCCGUUAGUGUUGUUUUAAGUUCUUUGAUGCUUCGUCUUUAUAGAGAACCGAAAAUAAGCCUGUCGAACUAG